CCUCGUCUUACUUCUCUAGACGCCUAAGACCCGUCAAAUACUCUCGCUUUCCUUCACUUUCUCAUCAUCAGUACAUUUUUUUAUUAUUUUAUUUUCCCUCCUAACAAACAACAUAUUCAAGGAAUUUAACAGAAAGAUAUCUUGUCUUGGUUUGUUUUCUUUCCCUUGCUCGUUCUUUAAGAAGAGCCUGAUAUUUUUCUUCCCCUUUGGAUCCGCUGCAUUUUAAUCACUACAGAGAGAGAGAGAGAGAGAGAGAGAGAGAGUUUGUGGUGGGCAAAUUCUUCCUUCAUCAGGGUUUUAAGGUAAAGCACAGUGAUUUAUUUUCAUUUUAUAUAUCUGGGAAUUGGUGUUUCCUGGAAGUGGGUGCUGCAGACUUUGUCUGAAGUCAGGAGAGAAGUUCUCUCAUAACUCUUCCAAACACUUGUUGUUUCUCUCGUCUGGGUUGAUCCUGAGAAUCUCUGAACCCGAUAAUUUUGGGUUUCAACUGCAUUUGGGCUCUCCUUUGGAGCUUCACACGUUGUAAGCCAUGCGGGAAUGGAUCAUUGGAGCUUUCAUCAAUUUAUUGGGCAGCAUUGCCAUCAACUUUGGGACUAACCUUCUUAAGUUGGGUCAUACGGAGUUAGAGACACCAACUAUUGAUUCUGACCUUUACGUCUUCGCAUCAUCUAAUGAACUUCAAUGAAUCCAAACCUGUAUGCAGAGAGAAAGGCAUUCUACUCUAGACAUAGAUGGAAGAAGUGGGAAAAGUCAUUUGAAGCCUAUCAUAUACUUUCAGACUUGGAGAGUUGGUAUUCUAUUUUUCUUUCUUGGAAAUUGCCUUAACUUCAUUUCCUUUGGAUAUGCUGCUCAGUCACUUCUUGCAGCCUUGGGAUCAGUUCAGUUUGUAUCCAACAUUGCAUUUGCCUGCUUUGUCCUGAACAAAAUGGUGACUGUUAAAGUCCUUGUAGCUACCGCCUUUAUUGUUCUAGGGAAUGUUUUUCUUGUUGCCUUCGGCAGCCACCAGUCUCCUGUGUACACACCAGAGCAAUUGACAGAGAAAUAUAGCAACAUGACUUUUCUUUUUUACUGUAUGAUUUUGAUCGUAGUUGUGGCCUUGCAUCAUUACAUUUACAGGAGGGCAGAAGUUCUGAUUGCUGUUUCUGGACAGGACCUUAGAUCUUAUUGGCAGAUGCUUCUUCCUUUCUCAUAUGCUGUAGUUUCCGGUGCAGUAGGAUCAAGCUCAGUGCUGUUUGCAAAAUCUCUAUCUAACCUGCUAAGAUUGGCCAUGUAUGAUGGUUAUCAGUUGCACAGUUGGUUCACUUACUCCAUGCUUCUUUUAUUUCUCAGUACAGCUGGGUUUUGGAUGACACGGUUGAAUGAAGGAUUGUCACUUUUUGAUGCAAUCCUUAUUGUUCCAAUGUUUCAGAUUGUUUGGACUUUCUUCUCCAUUUGUACUGGAUUUGUCUACUUUCAGGAAUAUCAGGUAUUUGAUGCACCCAGGACAACAAUGUUCAUACUAGGGAUGAUGUGUGUCUUCAUUGGCAUUUCUUUGCUGGCACCUGAUGAGCCAAGAGGUGGUGAGAACAAAGAUCAUGCAUCUUUAGUUUCGGUUGUGUCUUCAAGUGUUACAAGUGAAUCUGACAGGCUAAUCAACCCAAUUGAAGAUGCACAAAAUAAAGACCCAAGAUCAGUUGCACCAGGGGUAGGGGUGAAGGUUAUGGAGAUGUUAGCCAAGGCAAAGACUGCUUUUUCUAUAUCACUAGGUUUUGGAGAGGACACAAUCAAUGCAUCUGCAGUUCUUGUGAUGACCAUGGUUUCAUCAAAGAUAACAGGUUUCAGAGGAAGUUUUUUCCACCGGCCUAAGAUUUUCUCCUUAAGAAAUUCUGGUUGGAGUAAGAUCUCAAUGGAUGAAGGUGUAAAAGUGAUAGAAGCAAACCCAGUGCUUUCAAACCAUUUGAGAGAAGUAGCAACAAUGAAUCUUAGAAGUUUUCCAUGAGGAAUUUUCUUUUUUUCCCCCUUCAAAAUGUCUUUGUUUAUAGAAUUACAAUUUGUUUAGGAUUCAUUGAUAUGUGCUUCCUCUGAAGCAUUCUUGUAGUUUUGAAACUGUAGCAUAGUGUAUAUUCUUAGCUCAUUUGAUUCAAAA